AUGGCUUAGUAGAAAGAAAAGAAUAAGAUUAAUAAUAAAUAAAGGUAAGGUGAUUGGAUAUGUAAUAGAGUGUAAAAAUUAAUACUUUAGAAACUAGAAUUGCAAUAAUAAGAAUUUUGCAUUUAAAGACUCUUGCAAUCGAUGUCAUACUAUAAAGAAUGUCAAAAAUAAAGAGAAUAAUGGAUUCAAAUCUGCCCUUUUUUAACUGAGAAUAAUGGAGAUAUACAUCCUAUUUUAGAUCGAUCAAAUUAAUCAUCAGGAGAAAGGCCUGAUAUUGGAAAUAAUAAAUUUAUAUUUGAUACAUUACAUUCUAUAGAAUCAAUUUUAAAAUAGAUGACUAAAGAAAUAUGUAAAAUAAUCUAUUAAAAUAUGAAGAAUCAAAAUAUAGUUAUUUUGAGUUUGAAUGUCAAUGUUAAUAAUGCCUAUAGAUUAAUUAAUACUAUAAAAUAAAUUGAGUUUAAUGUAGAAUAUAAAGUCUUAGAGAGUCUACUAUUUGAUCUAGAACCAUUUUGA